UUCGCUCCAGCUGCCUAUGCGAGGGCGCCUCUCUCGAAUAACUGGCCAUGGCCGCGCUUCCCUGCAGCAGGAGCAACUGCUCCCGGGCUUCUCGCUGGGCUCCUUGAGAUCUCUCCCGUUACGACCUCUAGAAAAUCCCGCGUUCUUCCUGGGGCCUUGGCGAGAGGCAAGGACCCGUAGAGAAGGAUGCGCUGAGUACCGCCWGGGCACGUGUCCCUGUGCCGCCGUCAGCCCCGGUGCGGGAGCCGACCUGCCUGGUGCUGCCUCGAUUUACCCUCUGCGCGCCUGCCGCGCUGUGCCGCCCUUGAUGUGCAGAGAGAAGCCGGACACCAUGAUCCUAACACAAAUCGAAGCCAAGGAAGCCUGUGAUUGGCUGCGGGCAACUGGUUUCCCCCAGUAUGCACAGCUUUAUGAAGAUCUCCUUUUCCCCAUUGAUAUUACCUCGGUCAAGAGAGAACAUGAUUUUUUGGACAGAGAUGCCAUUGAGGCCCUAUGCAGGCGUCUAAAUACUUUAAACAAAUGUGCGGUGAUGAAGCUAGAAAUUAGUCCUCAUCGGAAGAGAAGUGAGGAUUCGGAUGAAGAUGAGCCUUGUGCAAUAAGUGGCAAAUGGACUUUCCAGAGGGACAGCAAGAGGUGGUCCCGGCUUGAAGAGUUUGAUGUGUUUUCUCCAAAGCAGGACCCAGUCUCUGGGUCCCCAGAUGAUUCCCACCUGAAGAACGCCAUGAGCCAUGAAAGUAUGCUGACGGACCUCAGCGAGCGCCAGGAGGUGUCUUCUGUCCGGAGCCUCAGCAGCACCAGCAGCAUCCCCACCCAAGUGUCCCAGAGUGGGGAUGCUGUGACACCCCGGACUAACUCCGUCAUUAGUGUCUGCUCCUCCAGCCACUUUAUAGGCAAUGACGACUCUUUCUGCAGCCUUCCCUCUCCCAAGGAACUAUCCAGCUUCAGCUUUAGCAUGAAAGGGCAUGAGAAAAAUGCCAAGUCUAAGACCCGAAGCUUGCUGAAACGGAUGGAGAGCUUAAAGCUCAAGGGCUCCCACCACAGCAAGCACAAGGCACCCUCCAAGCUGGGGCUGAUCAUCAGUGGGCCCAUUCUGCAAGAGGGUAUGGAUGAGGAGAAGCUGAAGCAGCUGAACUGCGUGGAGAUCUCAGCCCUCAAUGGCAACCACAUCAACGUCCCCAUGGUACGAAAGAGGAGUGUAUCCAACUCCACACAGACCAGCAGCAGCAGCAGCCAGUCAGAAACUAGCAGCGCUGUCAGCACACCUAGCCCUGUCACCAGGACACGGAGCCUCAGUGCCUGCAACAAGCGGGUGGGCAUGUAUCUAGAGGGCUUUGAUCCUUUCAAUCAGUCCACAUUUAACAACGUGAUGGAGCAGAACUUUAAAAACCGCGAGAGCUACCCAGAGGACACAGUAUUCUACAUCCCUGAAGAUCACAAGCCUGGCACCUUCCCCAAGGCCCUUUCCAAUGGAAGCUUCUGUCCUUCGGGAAAUAACAGCUCUGUGAACUGGAGGACUGGAAGCUUCCAUGGCCCUGGCCAUAUCAGCCUCAGGAGGGAAAACAGCAAUGACAGCCCUAAGGAACUUAAGAGGCGGAAUUCCUCGAGCUCCAUGAGCAGCCGCCUGAGUAUCUACGACAACGUGCCAGGCUCCAUCCUCUAUUCCAGCUCAGGCGACCUGGCUGACCUGGAGAAUGAGGACAUCUUCCCCGAGCUGGACGACAUCCUCUACCACGUGAAGGGGAUGCAGCGGAUCGUCAACCAGUGGUCGGAGAAGUUUUCAGAUGAGGGAGACUCGGACUCAGCCCUGGACUCCGUCUCUCCUUGCCCGUCCUCUCCCAAACAGAUACACCUGGAUGUGGACAAUGACCGAACCACACCCAGUGACCUGGACAGCACGGGCAACUCCCUGAAUGAGCCUGAAGAGCCCUCUGACAUCCCGGAAAGAAGGGACUCCGGGGUGGGGGCUUCCCUGACCAGGUGUAAUAGGCACAGACUGAGAUGGCACAGUUUCCAGAGCUCCCAUCGGCCGAGCCUAAACUCUGUAUCUCUGCAGAUUAACUGCCAAUCUGUGGCCCAGAUGAACCUACUGCAGAAAUACUCGCUCCUCAAGUUGACAGCCCUGCUGGAGAAGUACACACCUUCUAACAAGCAUGGUUUUAGCUGGGCUGUGCCCAAGUUCAUGAAAAGAAUCAAGGUUCCAGACUACAAGGACCGGAGCGUGUUCGGGGUCCCCCUCACGGUCAACGUGCAGCGUACAGGACAACCCCUGCCUCAGAGCAUCCAGCAGGCCAUGCGCUACCUCCGCAACCAUUGUCUGGAUCAGGUCGGGCUCUUCAGAAAAUCAGGUGUCAAAUCGCGGAUUCAGGCUCUGCGCCAGAUGAAUGAGAGUGCCACAGAUUGUGUCAACUAUGAAGGACAGUCUGCUUAUGAUGUGGCAGACAUGUUGAAGCAGUAUUUUCGAGAUCUUCCUGAGCCACUCAUGACAAACAAACUCUCGGAAACCUUUCUACAGAUCUACCAAUACGUACCCAAAGACCAGCGCCUCCAGGCUAUCAAGGCUGCCAUUAUGCUCCUGCCUGAUGAGAACCGGGAGGUUCUCCAGACGCUUCUUUACUUCUUGAGUGAUGUCACAGCGGCUGUAAAAGAAAACCAGAUGACUCCGACCAACCUGGCCGUGUGCUUAGCGCCUUCUCUCUUCCACCUCAACACCCUGAAGAGAGAGAAUUCUUCUCCAAGGGUAAUGCAAAGAAAACAGAGUUUGGGCAAACCAGAUCAGAAAGAUCUGAAUGAAAACCUAGCUGCCACUCAAGGGCUGGCCCAUAUGAUUGCUGAGUGCAAGAAGCUUUUCCAGGUUCCUGAGGAAAUGAGCCGGUGUCGUAAUUCCUAUACUGAACAAGAGCUGAAGCCCCUCACACUGGAGGCCCUGGGGCACCUGAGUAACGAUGAAUCGGCAGACUACAAACACUUCCUCCAGGACUGCGUGGAUGGCCUGUAUAAGGAGGUCAAAGAGAAGUUCAAAGGCUGGGUCAGCUACUCGACUUCUGAGCAGGCCGAGCUCUCCUACAAGAAGGUGAGUGAAGGACCCCCUCUGAGGCUUUGGAGAUCAACCAUCGAAGUCCCUGCUCUGCCUGAGGACAUCUUAAAGCGCUUACUGAAAGAGCAGCACCUCUGGGAUGUCGACUUGCUGGAUUCAAAAGUAAUCGAAAUCCUGGACAGCCAGACUGAAAUUUACCAGUAUGUCCAAAACAGUAUGGCACCCCACCCGGCUCGGGACUACGUGGUGUUGAGAACCUGGAGGACGAAUUUACCCAAAGGAGCUUGUGCCCUACUACUCACCUCUGUGGAUCACGACCGAGCCCCGGUGGCAGGCGUGAGGGUCAACGUGCUCCUGUCUAGAUAUUUGAUUGAACCCUGCGGGUCAGGAAAAUCCAAACUCACUUACAUGUGCCGAGCUGAUUUAAGGGGUCACAUGCCAGAAUGGUACACAAAAUCUUUUGGACAUUUGUGUGCAGCUGAGGUGGUAAAGAUUCGAGACUCCUUCGUUAAUCAGAGCACUGAAACCAAGGAUACCAAAUCUAGGUGAUUCCUGAAGCAAAGCAACUGUGUCCACCACCUGCGUGAUUGUUUCCAGAACCUUGCCAGUCCUUGGAAGAAUCAGUGUGUGUCUGAUCCUGAAGCAAAUACAAGUCAGAGUAUAGAAAGUGACUGUAGCAAUUUGAUACAUUUUUAAAGCUGCUUCCUGUUUGUUUAAGGUCUAUUCUGGAGACCUUGACUGGAAUAUAUAAGACUGUGCA